CCAGAGAGAGAGAGAGAGAGAGAAAGAGAGAGAGAGAGAGAGGCGCAAUGGCGAGGCUUCACAUCUCUGUCUUAUUCGCCGCUGCUUUGAUCCUAUUGGUUUCUGCGAAGAAAUCUGGCGAUGUGACGGAACUACAGAUCGGGGUCAAGUACAAGCCAGAGUCCUGCACCAUUCAAGCUCACAAAGGUGACAAAAUUAAGGUUCACUAUCGUGGUUCACUUACUAAUGGUGAAGUAUUUGAUUCAAGCUUUGAAAGAGGUGACCCCAUUGAGUUUGAGCUAGGCAGUGGUCAGGUGAUCAAAGGAUGGGACCAGGGCCUUCUGGGCAUGUGUGUUGGUGAAAAGCGAAAGCUAAAAAUUCCUGCAAAACUUGGUUAUGGUGCCCAAGGAUCCCCACCAAAGAUCCCAGGCGGAGCGACCCUUAUCUUCGACACGGAGCUUGUGGCCGUCAAUGGGAAGUCGUCAUCUGACGCUGGAAAAUCCACGGUUGACGAGAGCGAGCUGUGACUUCUCGAGAGACUAGAAAGUAUCACUAUAAUCUAGCAGUCGAUGCAUCAUUUCAAUAACCAUUAACUAUUUUUGGUGGAUUAGGACAUUUUGUAGGGCGCCUUUUGGCAAGUUGAUCGGUGACUUCGUCUCAUUAAUUUUUCACUUUAGUGCUGUGUUAUUCUUCA